AUGAUACCACAAUCGUCCUCACUAAACUUUGCUGAGUCACAAUAUUAUAAUCCGCUUCCGAAAGUCACGAUCCAAAACCCUCUUUACUCAUCCACCAUGUCCGCGACGACACUCUUCACUUGUCUUUCAUGUUCCAUUGCGUUCCACACUGCGGAGGACCAGAGAGGUCAUUACCGCUCCGACCACCAUAGAUAUAAUAUGAAGCGUCGUGUUGCGUCGCUGCCGCCCGUUUCACUAGAAGUCUUCAACCAAAAGGUUCUAGAUCGCCGAUUGGAGACUGCCAUUAUGUCGUCUGCGAAAGGUUCAUACUGCGACGUUUGCAACAAAACCUACACAACGGAGAAUGCCUAUCGCUCGCAUAUCCAAUCCAAGAAGCACAAAGAAAUGGAGUUGAAGCCGAGAGUGGUCCAACCGCGCGCACCUGAACCAGAUUCUGACCCGGUAGCGAAAGAUCAACUCGAGACAAUCGAAGAGCCCGAAUCUGUGUCUCUUGUCGUGCCAGAAGACGCCUCCGAAACCGAAAUCAACCAGACAAUCGACGAAAAAAUUGCGGCGGCACGCGCCAAGCUCUCCCCCAACUCAUGUCUCUUCUGCUCAGAGGAAGCCCCCUCGCUCGACGUAAACCUGGAGCACAUGUCAUCUGUUCACUCAUUUUUCGUCCCCGAUGCCGAGUAUUUGGUGGACAUCAAGGGUCUUAUAACCUACUUGGGCGAGAAGAUCGCUGUAGGCAACGUUUGCAUCUUCUGCAAUGGCAAAGGCAAGGAGUUCAGGACGUUGGAAGCUACGCGAAAACACAUGCUCGACAAAAGUCACUGCAAAAUCGCCUAUGACACGGAGGACGACCGUUUAGAAGUUUCCGACUACUACGACUUCACAAGUUCGUACCCUUCAGCCAAAAACAAGUCUGAAGGAGAGGAUUGGGAGGAUGUCGACGACGACGACAAUGACAGCGAUGCAGAAAGCGCUGACCAAGUUGUUGAAGAUGAAUCUGAACUUGAGGAAGAAGAGCUUCCUGAUAAUGGGAUCUCUUAUGGCGACAGCGAGAUGCAGCUUAUCCUUCCCUCAGGUGUUCGAAUAAACCACAGAAAACUGCGCUACCACCCACAAACAUUCCUGGGCUCAAGACGCGGUAAAACAGAGGACCCCGAUUCUGGCGCUGCCCUCGUUCGUCGUCUUCUUGCUGACAAAAACUCUGCCCUGGUUCCCCGAAAAGGCGGGUUUGGUGCAUUUGGAGCUGGAACAGAUGUGGUCAAAGCUCGCAACCGGGGGGAAGCAAGGGAGGCUGGGCGUCAUGUCCGCGAGUUCAGAGAUCAAAAACGACGCGAAGACUUCAGAACCAAGAUAGCCUACAUCAACAAUAGCCAAAAGCACUAUAGAGAUCCUCUGCUUCAAUAG